AGUUUGAAGCAAGCAGGAAUAUCUGGAGGAGUAUCAACUGAACUGAGAUCUGCUGCUGUGAAGAUGGUGUUUGUUAAAGAGGAGAGUGAGGAGGACAUGAGUGAACCAGAACCCUGGAGAAUAAAACACGAGGAACAAGGAGGCCUGGUGAAAGUGAAAGAGGAAAGAGAAGAUCUGAAUGAAGUGGAGGAGAAAAAUCAGCUUCAGGAAGAUCAUGAUGACACCGCUGAAGAAAAACCAUUGAGUUGCUCCAAAACUGAAAACAGUUGCUCACAAAGCAGCAUUCAAAUAACAGAAGUCACAAGUCUAUUCACCUGUUCUCAGUGUGGAAAGAGUUUUAAACAAAAAGGAAGCCUUAAGAGUCACAUGAUAAUUCAUACAGAAAAAAAUCCUUUCACCUGCUCUCAAUGUGGAAAGGGUUUUACACAGAAAGGACACCUUAAUGAUCAUGUGGUAACUCACACUUCAGAAAAGCCUUUCACCUGCUCUCAGUGUGGAAACACUUUCACACAAAAACAAAGCCUUAAGAAGCACAUGAUAAUUCACACAGGAAAAAAGCCUUAUACCUGUUCCCAGUGUGGAAAGAGUUUUAAACAAAAUGGGCACCUUAAUAGACAUGUACUAAUUCACACUGAAGAAAAGCCUUCCACCUGCCCUCAGUGUGGAAAAACAUUCACGCGUAAAGAAAACCUUAAGAAUCACAUGUAUAUUCAUGCUGCAAUUAAGCCUUUCACCUGCUCUCAGUGUGGAAAGAGUUUUAAAAAGAAAAGAGACCUUAAUAGACAUGUACUAAUUCACACUGAAGAAAAGCCUUUUACCUGCUCUCAAUGUGGAAACACUUUCAGACAUAAAAGAAGCCUGAAAAGGCACAUGUUAAUUCAUACUUGAAAAAGGCAUUUCACCUGCUCUCACUGUAUAACACCAUGAGAAUUUUUUUCACAGAUGCGUGGUUUUGAUAAUGUUGUCAUUGUUACAUUCACGCUUUCCCGGACUCCAGUUCCCAGCAUCCUCCUGUUCUGCAUACCUGUCUGCACUUCCAUUAUCAGUCUUCCCGCCAUCUCCCCGGAUUCCCAGCACCUGUUGUCCUCGUCAGCACUCCCUUUAAGUUGGACUUACUCCCUGCACUCCCUGUCCGUUCUUAUUGUUAGUUAUUGUGUUGAUGUUGUCUACCUGCUCCUGGAUUAUUAAUAAAGCCUAUAUAAUUAUGGA